ACACACUCUGUGCCCGUCUGUGUUUAAUGUGAUGAUUAGUUGAUUGAUAGCAUUUACGUACGCACCCAAAACAACGAGGGCAGAGCUGCCCUGCCUCUUGAUAAUGAAAUCAAUCAAAGCAGUAGCAGCACCGGUUCCUUUCUCUGUCUCUGUCUUCUUCUGGAUUGUGAAGAAGACACGACCUAAUCCUCCUCAACCCCACCAUGAAAGUUCUAGUUUGUUGAGCAGUUGGCCUUCACCCACCGCCUCCCUCUGGCCUCUCUCUCUCUCUCUCUCUCUCUCUCUCUCUCUCUUUCUCUCACUAGCCCCAGAGCAAAAGCAGGGCAAACGGCUACACUUCACCUUUCCUUCUUUAUUUUGCAAAAAUCAAGAAAGCUAUGGAGCCGUCUGGUCCCACCGCCCCCUCCCUCUCUCUCUCUCUCUCUCUCUCUCUCUCUCUCUCGCCCUUUUCUCGCGGCCUGUUUGCAUACAAAUCCCUCAUUACCCCGCAGAUCUCGCUCCCCCCACCCCCAAAGACGCGCAACAGACAGGAAAAAAGAAGCAGAGGAAAAACAACGAGAAAGAAAGACAGGGGAAUUCCUGUCUUCCAACUGUGUUUUCUUGAGGGUUUUAGCAAUUUUCCCCCAUCACGUUGCAUGCUCGGGAUGAGCCGUAUUUGCCCCUGAUUCGCGGCAUGGGACCAGUUUGUUGAUCGGUGUCAGGGCUCAAUGCGGCCACCCCGAUCCCCUGAUAUCACUAUUGAGCAGAAGCCCCGUUUCUUGAUGCGGACAGGUCGCAAUUCUGCGUGAUUUUGGACCGAUGCGGUGGUGUUUCAGGGCCUGAUGGGCUGCAUUUGUGCGAAACCAGCGGCGCCGAGACCUGAGGCGUCGCCUGGUUUCGGGUUCUCGGCAGCAGGCGGGUCCGAAAAGUAUGCACCAUCAUUCAGGAACUCGUCCAGGUUCUUCGACUUUGACAAGGGCACCGGAGACGAAUCUGAGAGGCAUCAGAGCAGGGAGUUGAGGAAGUUGAAGAAGGGUAGUUAUAAUGAGAGAAGUUCUUUGAGCAUGAGAUUAGGGUUGUCUCGGAGAUUCGUGGAAGCCGAGCAGACAGCUGCUGGGUGGCCCUCUUGGCUCAGUACCGCGGCCAGUGAAGCGAUUCAGGGAUGGAUUCCCCUUAAAGCUGAUUCUUUCGAGAAGCUGGAGAAGAUUGGACAAGGAACAUACAGCAGUGUGUUCAGAGCGAGGGAGGUGGAAACAGGAAAAAUGGUGGCCCUCAAGAAAGUUCGCUUUGACAAUUUCCAGCCUGAGAGCAUUAGGUUCAUGGCCAGAGAAAUCACUAUCCUUCGCAGGCUCAAUCACCCAAAUGUUAUGAAGUUGGAAGGGAUAAUUACUUCUCGCUUAUCGAGCAACAUAUAUCUUGUGUUUGAAUACAUGGAACAUGAUCUGGCCGGUUUGAUAUCAUGUCCUGAUAUCAAGUUCAGUGAUGCACAGGUCAAGUGUUACAUGAAACAGUUAUUACUAGGAAUCGAGCACUGCCACUUGCGUGGUAUUAUUCACCGCGACAUUAAAGUGUCCAACAUUCUGGUGAACAACGAAGGGAUUCUGAAGUUGGGAGACUUCGGCCUUGCAAACAUUCUCAGCUCGAAACAGUUGACCAGUCGUGUCGUGACCUUGUGGUACCGUCCUCCCGAACUUCUCAUGGGUUCCACGAGCUAUGGAGUAUCUGUGGAUCUGUGGAGUGUGGGCUGUGUUUUUGCAGAACUUCUCUUUCGAAAACCUCUUCUUAAAGGAAGAACAGAGGUUGAGCAGUUGCACAAGAUAUUUAAGCUCUGUGGGUCCCCACCAGAUGAGUUCUGGAAGAUGUCUAAGAUCCCUCGCUCAACAAUGUUCAAACCCCAGCACUCUUAUGACAGUUCUCUACAGGAAAAAUGUAAAGGCAUCGCGUCAAGUGCAGUGAAUCUGAUUGAAACCUUCCUCUCUAUCGAGCCCUACAAACGUGGAACUGCAUCAUCAGCCCUCAUGUCUGAGUAUUUCAAGACACUGCCUUAUGCAUGUGACCCCUCGAGCUUGCCAAAGUAUCUUCCCAACAAAGAAAUCGAUGCCAAACACCGCGAAGAAGCACGGAGGAAGAGAAAUCGAGCAAGACUCCGCGAGUCAGAAGCAAUGAAAAAGCCGACCAGGGUUCGUAAAGCAUUGCAUGAGCCGAGCAAUGGCAGAAAAUUUCUCCCCAAAGAGGAGGUGCAAAAUAAUAAUUGUCUUGCUCGAAGAAACAUCCCAAAUGAAAAGGGUGCAAACAGAGAUCAACAGAAGCCAUCAUUUGAUGCCAUGUCAGGGAUUUCUGACUUCUCAAACAUUUCUCAAGGGCAAAGCAUGCUGUCAGGGCCGAUAAAUGUGACAUCUUCAAGUAAUUUUGCAUGGGUAAAGAAGCGAAAAGAUGAACCCACUGUCAAGAGAUCAUACAGCAGAUCUAGCUCGAGAAGUCAAGUCAGCGCAUUGGACCACUCAAGCAUUGUAGUCGAGCCCAGUGCCAGACAGCAGGAUGGGAUUUCUGUCUGCGAGUUGUCGAGUCUGGGAGACGAGGUCGGUCUGUGCAACAAUUCUUUUGGCAUGUCCGUUUUCCAUUCUCGAGAUUUAUCUAUGGAGCUUAAUCAAAGGGGAGAUUUAGAUCUUAUGGGAUUUGAGGGCAUAAAGGAUAGGGUGGAGUUCUCGGGGCCAAUGUUGACACAAUCACAUAAGAUCGACGAACUCUUGCAGAGGAAUGAGAAUCACAUUCGUCAAGCCGUUCGAAGAUCGAGGUUGGAUAGAACCAGAGUUGAAUGAACAUCAUUCCUUUCAAAGAACUGGAGGGUAUAUCGUAAUGAUUUUGGCCACUCCGUCGUAUGAAAUUCUUUGACUACUACUUUGUAUGAUAACUCGUCGCAGAAGGGCAAUCCGACCAUUCUUUCACCUGGAAAAUCCAACAUUAACAUGAAAUUCUGCUGUAGGAACAAGAGGACAGCUAGCUGAUAAGGUAGUAAUAGGGGGAGAAAUUUCGGAAUUUCUACUUUAAACUUGCACGGGUUUAUGGCAUGUACUACCAUAUAUACAUGACCCUAUAGUGUUUAUACCAUUGGAUCAUCUUGAGAUUUGUAUUCAAAUAACAAAAAGCAUAAUUGGAUGCAGAUCUCAUGAAGAUCGAAAGAAACGGUAUAUUGUGUAUAGUAUAGAAUAUAUUAUAGCCUUCCUCUUAAAUUUUAUGAGAAAUUAGUCAUUGAGAA